AUGGGUGUCCGUCUUUUGGUCCGAAGGGCCCGAACGGUCUUCAGUCGCAUGGCGGCCCCUGACGCUGAAAGCUCAGCUGAGACAACCGCAGUGGAUGGAACAACCACCGAGGAAAAUAAGAGAGAUCCCACCUUUGAUACUGAAUUUCAGCGGCCUGAAGUGCCUGCGGAAGGCCUCCAGCAUGGUGUCAGGGAUAUCGAGGCUAUCACCAUGACCUGGUCCAAGCGAACCUUGAUUCUCGUGUUUAUCAAUAUCUGGUUCCUAUACUUCGUGAACGCCUUCCAAUCCUCGGUUUUCGCCAGCUUGAGCCCUUAUGUCUCCAGUUCUUUCACGGCUCAUUCGCUGUCCGGUGUGCCUACUGCGCUUGCCGAUGCUUUCUCAGCAGCAAUUUAUAUUCCUGUCGGAAAGAUGAUGGACACCUGGGGCCGUGCAGAGGGAUUUCUGCUGAUGACUUGCUUCGCGACCAUGGGAUUGAUUCUCUUGGCCUCCUGCAACAGCUUUGCCAUAUACUGCACUGCAUACGUCUUUUAUUACAUCGGAUUCAGUGGUAUGGAAUAUGCCAUUGAUGUGAUGACGGCCGAUGCCUCCAAGUUGAAGAACCGAGGAUUGGCUUUUGCGUUCACCUCUUCCCCAUACAUUAUUACCGCAUUUGCCGGAGCAAAGGUAGCAGAUGAGUUCUAUUAUCAGGUCAGCUGGCGAUGGGGCCUGGGCUGUUGGGCGAUUAUCUUCCCUAUCGUCGCAGCGCCUUUGUACUUCAUGCUGAAAGCAAAUCUUCGCAAAGCGGAAAGAGAAGGUCAUCGGAUCCAGAAAAAGAGUGGUCGCACAUUUUUGCAAAGCGUAUGGCACUGGAUUAUUGAGUUUGAUUUGCCCGGCGUUUUCAUGUUUACCGCUGGACUAGUCCUCUUCGAGCUUCCUUUCGAUAUCGCAAGCGAAGCGCCUAACGGCUGGGGCUCGGGUUAUAUCAUUGCUAUGCUCGUCGUCGGAUUCUCGAUGCUGUUCUUCUUCGCUAUAUACGAAAAGUGGGUGGCCCCCGUGCCCUUGCUCAAUAUUGUCUUCCUCACCGACCGAACCGUGAUCGGUGCCUGUCUUUUGGAUGCCACCUACCAGCUCUCUUACUACUGCUGGAACAACUACUUUACCUCUUUCCUGCAGGUGGUGAAUGGUUUGACGAUCGCUGAGGCUGGAUAUGUGAGCAACACAUUCGAUGUCGUGUCCGGCGUGCUACUUCUCUUCGUCGGUUGGGCUAUCCGAAAGACCGGUCGUUUCAAGUGGCUGUUAUACAUCUCCGUUCCACUGUACAUAUUUGCGCAGGGAUUGAUGAUCUAUUUCCGCAAGCCUGGCAUGGGCGUCGGAUACCAGAUUAUGUGCCAGAUCUUCAUUUCGAUCGGCGGUUCGAUCUUUAUCAUCGUCGAGCAGAUUUCCAUCUUAGCCGCUGUCGAUCACCAACAUGUUGCGGCUGCAUUGGCUUUGUUGAACGUUGUCGGCACUAUCGGCGAUUCCGCCGGCUAUACUAUAUGCACCGCUAUAUGGACCAAUACCUUUCCCAAUGCUCUCAGGGAAUACCUCCCAGAAUCGGCCAUGUCAAACUUUGAGAACAUUUAUGAAGAUCUCACUGUGCAGACCAGCUAUCCCCUCGAGAGCGAGGUAAGACUGGCUAUUCAAAAAGCCUACGCCUAUGCGGAAGUCCGCAUGCUUUCGGCUGGUUUGGGUGUCAUGGCUUUGGCCAUUGCCUGGACCAUCAUGAUCCGAGAUAUUGAUCUCAAGAAGACCUCCCAGGUCAAGGGUACUGUCUUCUAA